UCACCAGAUUUGACAUGACAUUAGUUGGUAUUUACCCAAAGAAUUCUUGUGUCGUAUGCGGUUUGCUACCGCUAAAUAAAAUUGGGUGUUUCUAGUAUUUUCAUAUAAACUUGUUGUUUUUAUAUAAAUUUACAUAGUCGAAAUCAGUACAAAUCAAAUUAAAAGACUGACGUGACGUGUUUUGUGGGAUUUAGUAGUGUUUUGGGCGUUUUUGACAUCUGUCAAAGUAUUAGGAGGGCGUAUUCAUUGCCAAGGAAUCCGAGAAUUCAAUUUCAUUUUUGAUCGUUUAUUACUGAUUUUAUUUUGGGAAAAAGUGCCUUUGUCCGCAAAUGUGCACGGAAUCGGUAGUGUCCGACUCGCAGGUUCCAUCGUUUUAAGCUUGGAAAGCCUCUGGAUUCCACGGUCACCAUAUGGAUGCAGUAAAAAUUCAAUUUGUAAAUAUGUAUCUACGGUUAACGCAAUAACAUUGUCUGUGAUACACGUAGCACCCAGUCUUGAAAAAGACUAAAAGUUGUUUUAAUCGAAGACUUGCACCAACUUAGACAAAUCGUUACAACUGCUAAAAGUUGUCGAUGGCGUCUGCCUACAACGAGGACCUGAUCGCUUUGAACCAUUUUCCACGGGGUUUUCGUUUUAUUAUUUCGAAUAGUAACGGAGGCGGCGGCGGGUCGAGGACAGCGUCGUUCGGCGGCGUGAAGGGCGGUGGUGGCGGCGGUGCGCCCAUGGCCACCCAGCACCAAACAACGGGGGCCUACCGCCAGUGGGGCGGCGUCGGCGGCGGUCACCAGCACGGCCAUCCAACAACUGGAAGCACAUACUACCAACGUUAUCCCGCCACACAGGCAGCGACUGCAGCCUCGACGGCGGCGGCGGUGUCGGCCGUCGCCCAGCAGCAGCAACAGCAACAGACGCAGCAGCAACAGCAGGCCUCCUACACACCCAAUUCUACGACCACGACAACAUAUAACUCCUCGAACUCGUACGGAAAUCAAAGAGUGCCAACGGCCACGUCGCCAUCGAACACAAGUAGCUCGAGCAGUCACACAGGCAGUCAAAGCGGCACUGUAUCCACUUCACUUAGUAACAACAUGCCGAAUAACACUAACUCAUCGCCAAACAAUUCUUCCGGUUCCGAACAACUGUCCAAAACCAACUUGUACAUAAGAGGACUCAAUCCUGGUACGACAGACAAGGAUCUCGUCAACAUGUGCCAGCAGUUCGGUACCAUCAUCUCCACCAAAGCCAUCUUGGACAAAACAACAAAUAAAUGUAAAGGUUAUGGAUUUGUUGAUUUUGAAAGUCCGUCAGCCGCUGAGGGAGCUGUCAAGGCGCUGACCGCUAAUAAUAUUCAGGCUCAAAUGGCGAAAGUGGGUAUAUGGUAUCAUCAGCGUAGACAAGCCACUCAACAAGAGCAGGACCCCACAAACUUGUACAUAGCAAACCUACCCCAGCACUAUAAAGAAUCGGACUUGGACAAUCUCCUGUCGAAAUACGGUCAGGUGAUAUCGACAAGGAUCCUCCGCGACUCGAUGGGCGUGUCGAAAGGCGUCGGAUUCGCGAGGAUGGAAAACAAAGACAAAUGCGAACAGAUCAUUACGAUAUUCAACGGACACACGUUGAGUGGCUGUAAAGAACCCCUUUUGGUCAAGUUCGCGGACGGCGGAAAUAAGAAGAAAAACAUGUAUAAAAACAACGAGAACGCCAAAAUGUGGCGUGAUGGUACCGAAGGUAUGGCGGUCGCUGGGUACGAUCCCAACACCUUGGCCCAGAACGGAGUGGCGGCACAGCAUAUGAUUCCGGCAGCUAUAUCCAACUUCAGGGCACCUUAUGGACAGUACGCCAGCUACGCCCCCAGCGCGCAGUGGGUCCCCCAAUACGUAAUGCCGGCGCCGAUGCCGCCCGUCGACGACAGCUACAACCUCACCGGCCACAUGGCCCCCUACAAGAGCGACGGCCAAGGCCCCCGAGGCAUUCCCAUGAUGCUGCCCUCGCCCGAGGCGGCCGUCCAGUACACUAAUAUGAUACCUCAGGACAUGGUUUAUUUGCAGCUGACCGCUCAGAUGCAGGCCAUGCAGUUAGGCACCGGCUCGUACAUCUCGCAGCCGUACUCGUACUAUCCGUCGCACGUCAUCCACACCGUCGCCAUGGGUGACUCGGAGCACACAUCCAACGCGGCCAGUCCAGAGGAUCCAUAUCAGGCGUACCCGCCUGCACCUCCUAAAUAAGUUUCAGAUUUAGACAGAAUUUUUGCUAAAAAAGAAAAAUUAAGGUUACAUAUAUGUGGUCGCAAAGUCGACUGUGCGGAUUGUACCGGCGGAAUUAGCUUUUAAUUUGGACUCUUCCGAGUAGUCGAGGCACUGAAAGUGGUUUUCGUAGGUUUUCGUUCUUUUCUUUCUAGGAUAUAGAUAUUUAUAAAGUUAAGUGAGGGCACGAUCUGCAGAUUUGACUGUGUGGACUCUGUUUAUUAUAGUUACGUCGUUUGAUUAUUGUUUUGCUGCUGUUUUCGGUUCAUUUGAGAAAUUGGUUCUUUUCUUGAUCCAUUGUUACAAGAGUUUUUAAAAAAUGACUGAAAAUAUGUGUAAAGUAGGUAUUUUUGAUACAGUAUGUUCCUAGUUUCAACAUUGUAUUGAAAAUAUGAAAGUAACUGGUUAUCUGUGUAAGAAAACGGAUUAUUUUCUGUUAAGUUUUCGCUUAGUAUAAAAUGUGUGUACAUAUGUUGAGAGGAGCGGAUUUUUUUUCUUACAUGGAUAGAGCAUACCAACACAUUAAAAAAAAUGUAGAAUUUUUAGAUAAGUAGAUAAUGAAAGGCGAAGAGCACGAAACAUCGUUUUUAAAAACAAAGGUCUGACGGUAGAUAGCUUAAAAUACAGCAGUGAAAUGAUGAAACCGUAUUUGAUCUUCCCAAGCCAAAACGGCAUAGGUUAGGUAAAUUAGCAAUUUUAUUUUUUGAUGAAGAUCUACAUAGGUAGUUGUGUGCGCAACGCAGAUGCGAUAAACUGCUCAUUGAAAUCAAAUAAUUCUUCCUAAUUACCAUCUAUACAAUAUGAACUGAACUUCCAAUAAUGUCUUAAUUUAUUUUUUGUUUAUUAUUAUACAGUUUAUGUAGAGUUUAAUUUAUUUGAAGCUUUUCACUUGUCAAAACCACCGUUCGUUUCACCGACCGACCGACACCAGUCAAUAGGGUUCUACAGUUUGGGGUAGUUUUGUUGAGUGGAAGGCGCCUUGUAAUAUAUGAUUUUCGACUUGGAUAACCAUCAGUUUGACAUUCCAGUGUCUGAACGUAACAGAAAUUAUUUAUUACCAACUUCAUUUACAAAAGUUUCCCCUUUGUACAGUUUUUAUAUAGUGCAAUUUUGUUUUAUUUUUAGAUUUAUUUAUAUUUAUAAUAUAUUUAAAAUGGAAAGUAUAAUAUAUGAUCGGGAUUCUUUUCUAAAUGGACUGACUUUCUCUAUUUAUUUUGAUGAUAGGUAUGCUACGACUGAGACAGCUGUGAUUUCUUUAUUUUUGUGUCGAUUACGUGUUUUUAUUUUCUUUUUUUCUUUUUUUUUUUUUUAAUCGUUUGGACGUGUAUUGGAUUGGUUGGGUCGUAGUGUAUUUGUCAUGAAGUCGACAUUUUCGGUUUUUUACAAUUGUGACACAAGCCUUUUUGAAAAUCGAGACGAGGCUACCUGGUCUUCAAGCUCCUUCUCCUCCCCGAUGUUUUCGUUUAGUGUUGUCUUAUUAUCACCAGAGACGAUUCCGUUAUCGCUUUUUAUUUAAGUGUAAAAGGCCAGGUUUUAGAAUGGAUUUUACUACACGUUAUAUUGAAAUCGUGCCUUUUCAGAUUGUCCAUUGACAGGGAUAUACUGAAAUAUUUUAAUAUAUUUUUUUAACUCGGUGUUUUCAUGAAAACCGACAACCAAAUUUUUAACUUCUAGUUGUUUCUAUGUUGUAGACAGUUGUAACGUUCGUUUCCGUUGUUCAUUUAGAUUUCAUUGGAGGUCAGGGUAUAGUGCGAAGACACAUUAUAACCACUGCUAUUGCAGAGUAGUGUCUUUUACGGCCCUCCAUCCAAAAUUCGUUUGUGUGUAAUAGCUAAGCUAACAAAUUUAUAGGGGAUUUUUCGAUUAUCUGCUCGGCCUUCGGGGUUAAAGAAAAAUCCAUACCGUAAUGCUUAAAUAUGCCUUAUAUAGAAGUUCAGAGUAAAAAAUUAAAAAGAAAAUGCUUAUGACAACACGGCGACUUGAUGACCAUACAAUAUUUGAUUUGGACUAGGUAGACACACCAUCGACAUUUGUACACUGGUCGACCCACGUGACUCUCGGUGCUCCUUUUUAUUUUUCGUAUGUUUUCCGCCAUCGUUGUUUUGAUUGGAGGUCGCGUGGGUCGCCACACGCCCUUCCCUCCCAAAUCUCGUACUGAAUGCCUAUGUAAAGUAUAUUUGAGGAAUAGCUGAAACCAAAUAUUGUAUUGACAACACUUACACUAAUACGAGAAAUUUUUACAUUGUUAACUGAUAGGCUCAGUUUAUUUUUGGUAUACCGGUACCACUCGCGGGUGGUAUAUUAACUAUUUUUAGACCGUAUUAACGAUGAAGUCAGCGACUACCUAUUAUAAGUCUCGGCUGGACUAAGCUCCAGCCACUGUAUAAAGUACGCGGAUGACCGCACUUAAGUUAAGGAUAGCUUGUAGAGUAGCUUAGAGUGUUUAGUUUUAGGCUUUAGCUUAGAUAGUGUUAAGAUAAAGAAAUAAAACUAGUUAGAUAGUAGGUUCUAGGCGUAAGAUGAAAGUGAAUCAACAGAUGAGUUACGACGUUGGCCUGGGCUGAGGCGCGAGAGCGGUUUUUAGUUAGUGUUUAUAUAAAUAUAGUAUAUAUAAUUCAUGCUGGAUUAGUGGCCACGUCUAGCAGCAAUGUCCUAUUGACUUGUUGGUGAGGAGUGGCUGGACUCCAGGUGGUGUUUAGUCAUAAAGGUGCAUCGCUGCGAGCCUCAGCCGAUGCGGAGACUAAUUGAAUGUCUCGUCGUUGAAUACGUUAGCAUAAGUAAGUGUUUUUUAUUGUUGAUUAAGUUAAAUCUGUAUGUUUGUUUUGAAUUCUUUUGUAUUGUAAGUCUAUUUCCUUUGUGUUGGUAAUAAAUUGUAUUUGUCCAGGCACAA